AUGGUAGAAGACGACAGUGAACAGAGACCUGCAAAGAGGCGGCGCGUCCUGGCUUGCGACACCUGCAGGAGACUCAAGAACCGAUGUGAAUACGAUGCCUCGAUUGGCAAAUGCACAAGAUGUAGACGCUUGAGACUGGAAUGCUCUCUAAGACCGUCCUCGUCCGACAUCCAAGAAGCUCCUCCAUAUGACUCGGCGACCAACUUGGGCUCGAUAGAAGAGAAAUUGGGUGAACACAGCGUGCUACUGAACGAUAUCAGAGACAUCGUACAGCGAAUACAAGUCCAAUCGCAAAGCCCUCAACAGUACAAAGCUGAAAGACCACGAAGUCAAUCUCUCGACACUGCCGAGCUCGAGAAUGGCAAUGAGGAGGAUCAGUCUGUUAACAAUCCUGCUGCAGACAGAAAUACCACCUCAGCGCCAGUCAACCUGAUCAGAAAUCGGUUCUCGGCUCUAAGUGGGCUGGCGAGACUGGCCAGAAACUCCAAAGACGUGGUCGAGCUCGGCUUGCUUUCAGAACGGCAGGCUCUCACGCUACAAGAGUUGUUCUUUCAGAGAAUUGGCCCGUGGAUCGGGAUCACAAAUUGGAACGCCAUCUCGGAAGCCCGGGACGUUCGCAGAAUAUCACCAUUGCUUUUUGCAGCCAUCUGCCUACAGGGCGCCCGUCUGGAUCCUUCCUUCUGCAACACGGUUCAGCACGAUCAGCUGUAUGAACAUGUCCGAACUCUUACUGGGCGCGAACUGCUAAUCUGUCCUCUACCAUUGGAAUCUGUAUGCGCUCUUCUUAUCCUGGCUAUAUGGAGCACUAGUCCCAAAGAGAAGGCCGAGUUCAUUGAUAGCUGGUUGAUGAGUGGAUAUGCUGUACAGCAAGCCAAAUUGUCGAUCAACUUUACCUCGCUUUUGAAGCACCUUAACGAAGGCAGAGCCGACCAUGUCGAUCAAAGAAGAUUAAGGCUCUGGAACAUGAUAUGCUUAUGUCACUUACAGUUCGCCGUUGGGACUGGACGACCCUCGGUCAUUGCGCCAGAAUACCUGGAACAUUGCCCCUCCAUCUUGAACACCAUUGAAGCCACAGUUUAUGAUGGUAUAUCUGUCGCCACAUUACAAUUGUUUGCGAUUGUUCAGGACCUUCUUAAGCACAACAAUCUGACAGAAGAUCAUUCGAGAAGGCAUCUGAAAUCAUGGACUAAUAAGUGGGGUCACUUGCUCGAUGCAAACGAUCACAGAGUCUGUGUGCUGCAAAUGGCUAUUGACUUCUGCCAUCUGGUACUAGAUCGAAGGUGCCUCGAUCAUCUCAACAACUCUCCCUCUCCUACUGCCGAACGACCCACUACUUCCCCAAACGAUGGUCAGCUAAAUUCACCCUCGGCAUCGAGCAGGGCUGAUAGGUCGUCACUACACAACCACGGCCUACGUGAACGGUACUUUCUCUUAUGCAAGGAACAUGCUAUGCAAUUACUGCUGACCUUCAAAUCGUUGCCACCGACGACAAGCGAGGAGGUACCAGAAUUCUUGCAUUUGUGUGUGGUAUACGCAAUGAUAGUGCUUGCGGAACUUUACAAGGAGCAGCCCCACGACCCGGCCGUACCGAGUUUGAUUCGUGAAACGCUCGCAUAUGGCCAGCAAGCCGUAUCAGGCACAACAAUCAGCUUCGAAGUUACCAAGGCUGCGCUUGGUGAGUUCCUAGGAAACACCGACAUCCAAACACAUCAGCAGCAUCUGGUUGCCCAUGCACAUAACCAUCACCUCGAGGCUGCCCCUGCACCAACUGAAAUGUGGGACCUGCCUCAGAUGGAGGACUUGUUCAGUGGUGCCUUCGCGACUGACAAUUAUCGCUGGUAUGGUUGA